AUGUUAAGCUUGGAUGACUGCGUCUUGCUGCUGACCAAGAAGCACGGAACGCUGAAGGCCGCUUUCGACAAGCUCGAUUUCUUCCAAGAUGGACGCCUUUCCUGUUUGGAAUGGCAGGAGGGGUUGCGCCAGCUGCUUUCAACUGGAUCGAAAGAGUCGCGCAGGUUCGACCCCUUGAGAGAUCCAAGACGCACAUGUGACUCUGUGUUGCUGCGGCUUUUCAAAGCGAUGGACAAGGACAAGGACGGCUUCAUAUCCUUGGAUGAUCUGGCCAAUGCGAAGGGUGGGCCCUUUGUGUAUGCACGCGAGCUUCGGCACAAGGAUACUGAGGAGAAGCUACCGGUAUCGCCAAAGGGUUCGAAAGGAUCACCCAGAUUCUUUCAGGAGCUUUCAUACAACUCCAGCUCAAUGAAUUUCACGCUGCUGCCGUCGGUGUCACGCAAGAAAGAUGGAAAGGAACAUUUUGCAGGCCACAUCUACUCCGAGAUGCGUGCUUUCGCCGCCCUUCUCAUCAAGAAGUUUGACACCCUAGACAAGGCCGUGCUGCGCCCCAGCGGAGACGAGAUCACGACUUUUGGAGCUGAGGCUUACAAGCAUUUCGACGGAAAUAGAAACAACCAGCUCGGGAUGACCGAGUUUGAACUCGAUCGGAACAACAACGGCAACAUCUCAAUACAGGAGUUUAAAGUCCUGCGAGCUCUGAAUGCGACGGAGGAGAAGCUGAAAAACGUAAAUACGGAUGCUGGACAAUUGGGGCCGGGAGAAAAUGUGUUGGAUCUGUGCAAGGAUGAAGCAGUGACAUCGAAAACCAGGCGUGAGCAGGUCGACGAAUCAGUUGCCAGAGCGCAGCUGUGUAAGAUGGCAUCGCAGUGGUUGUGGGCAGUGAUCGAGCGCAAGCAGCGGUCACCGAUCCAAGCGCCUCGCAGACACCAGCGCAGUGUCUGCCUCGCUUCAACGCAUGUGCAGUUCCCGGAGGCUGAGCACGUAUCGUCAUCGGCUGGGUUCUACUCAUUUCCGAGAGCCUGCACUGGCCGUGCCGACCUUCAGCUUCACCCGGAUGAGAUUCCUGGCUUUGAUUCAGAAAAUUUCACGAAAGAGCGAGGGCCAGGCUAUUGCAAGAGAGGUCCGGAAUCCUUUACGGAGGUUAUGCCGGAUGCACAUCCCCUCCGUGGCAACAAGUUCAAGGUCGGCAGCACUGUUCCGCGAGCCGAACGUUUUGGUCCCGCGAUUCCAUCCGUCGAAGGAAGAAAGGACAUGGAACACAGCGCAGCAACCUUCGCGACCUAUGAAGGCAGAAUGCCACGCAUGAGUUGGAAAGUGGACGGCACCGGCGCGCAAAUAUUCCUUUCCAAGAAGGAGCGGGUAGGCCUGACGACCGGCUUGUCCGACAGCUUCCGGCUUUUGAAGCCCGCUCCUUGGGACAAGUCCAGAACGCUUCUUAAGCUCAAAUCGCACAGCGAGUCGAUCCUAAAGUGCAAGGAUUGCUGA